CAUUGCUUGCAGACAGUUUGCUCCUUUGUUCCAGCCCGAGCACGAUGCAUGGCGAUGAGCAGCAGCAACAAGAGGAGCAAUCUAUUGGAAGAGUACAGCCGAAAGAAGAGGUCAGAAGUUCUCUUGGUGCACACCCAGGAUGAUGUUGUGCUUGUGUAUAAGGGAGUGUCGUCCUCGCUGCUCAAAGCCACGGCCUUGGAUCUCUCGGACUCGGUGCUGGACGAGGAAAACACCACCAUCAAGCACAUUGAUCGUGUCCGUGCUCCCUACAACCCCUCCAACACUGAAUACAUAUCACAAGAGAUGAGUUGGGAUGAUUUCUUGAAGCUGGCGCAAGAAUCGAGUUUGGAUUGUGCAUGAGAAAAAAAAAUGUUUCCAGUGAUCUUUGGAAGAAAGAAU